GCAGAAGGGAUCAUGAGCCACAAUCUCCCUAAUCUCGAUUUUUAGAACCAUUAGCAUUGGGCUUUUCAGAUUCAUGACCGCUCUGUAACCUUAAGUAUCAAUACCAAGUCAUUUUAGGAAGUGCGCUAACACUUCGCAAGCAGCUCAAUGUGCUGAUGGAUGCGUACCGUAAUGGUGAUGUAAGGGAGGUGAAUCGGAAGUACUACGAUCACGAUGUGUCCCGCCUCUACUUGUCCGGCCUUUGUCCUCACGAGUUCUUCCAAUUAACGGUGUUCUCCUGAUUGAUUCUUUUUUUUUUUUUAAUCUUUUCUUUAUGAUUCGUUAAUUGUUAAUUGAUUCAUAUCCAUCUCUUUCCUUUUUGAACCCUAGUUUAUGAAUUUGAAUUGACUAUCUGUGUUUGGUUUUUGAGGAAUUUGGUGUUUUAGAAGCAGGAGAAGUUUAGAAAGAGAGAUUUUGGUUGUGUUAGGGUGAGUGUGGGAGCAACACAUAAUUUGGUUUUUGUUAUGCCGUAACUCCUAAUUAAGAGGAGAUGAAUUGAAAGUUGUGUCAUUUGUUUUAUUGUGAAAAUUGGGAUUCUGAGAUAGAGGAAGAGAGGAAAGUUGUUGAAUUAGUGGUAAGCUUGAAUUACAUGUAUUUAUGAAGAAUGCUACUGGAAGCAUUUUGAAAAUGGUUUUUAAUGAAAUAUAAGGAACAAGAGAAAAGAAGCGGUAGUUGUGUAUGAAUAGCUGAGGUAUUUUGGUGAGUUUCUUAGGUAGAUACUAUAUGCUCUUGUAGUAUUCAUAGGUAUCAUUGUUCUUAUGUGGUAAACUCUUAUAUGUUCAACUUUAGCUUAUGGUCACAUUUGAGUUGUAGAUACUUGUUUAUAGUUUUCUCUGCAAGUUAUUGAGACUUUAGGAUUUCUGAUUUCAAACUUGUUGUUUUGUCUUGUUUUCUUUUUAAGUUACUGAGACUUUAGGAUUUCUG